GCUUAAAAAGGCGGAGCCAACUCAACUGAGUAUAAAUUCGAGCGGCAGUCAUAUUUUCAUUAGUGAGAAACUCGUGUUGAGCAUCAUCGGAGUUCCUUUAACAGAAAGCAAAACAACAAAUCCAACUUGUCAACAUGGAAACAAGACUGUCAGUUUCAAAGUUCCUAGCGCCCCUUUUACUGUCGCUACUGGCCGUAGCGGUUGCUGGAUCAAAUUCAGAUAUAUCAGCAGAAAGCAACUCAAGGGAAGUGAAUGGUGAUGCCGCUGCAUUCAGACAAGUUGGCGUCGACGCAGAAUUUGACACGGGCGACGAUUAUCAGCACCAGGUUAACCAACGCUCGGCAAGAUUGUUUGGUAAACAUAAGCGCACUAAGUCUAGCUAUGGUGCACCGAAAUCCCAGUACAAGCCACCCAAAAAAUCUCGCAAACCACCUAAGGCCCAUAAGGCUCAUAAGCGACCAAAAGGAAAAUAUGGCCCACCUAAGUCUCAGUAUGUUGCGCCCGUGAAAGACUAUGAAACUCCGACUUACAGUGCCCCCGCCUACAAUCCUCCAGCCUAUACUCCGCCAUCCUACCAUUCUCCAGCGUACAGCCCUCCAGCAUACAGUCCUCCAGCAUACAGUCCUCCAGCAUACAGUCCACCAUCUUACAAUCCUCCAGCUUACAGUCCUCCAGCUUACAGUCCUCCAGCUUAUAAUCCUCCGACGUACGCUCCUCCAGCAUAUAAUCCUCCGGCUCAUAGUCCUCCCGCUUACUCGGCCCCGUCCUACAAUCCUCCAUCCUACAAUCCUCCGUCUUAUAGUCCGUCAUCUUACAGUCCUCCAGCUUACAGUGCUCCAGCUUACAGUGCUCCAGCCUACAGUGCUCCAGCUUACAAUCCACCGAAAAAAGAAUACAAUCCACCAAAAGAAGAAUACAAUCCACCAAAAGAAGAAUAUAAUCCACCCAAAGAAGAAUAUAACCCAUCAGAAUCUGAAUAUAGCCCACCUAAGGAAGAGUAUAAAACUCCAAACUAUGACACCAAAGUUGUUAGAUCACAAUCUUCAUCUUCCGUAGCAGCAGUGGCAAACAAAGAUGCAAGCGAAGGAUUUUUUAACAAUCCUAGUGAUGGUUUUCCAAAUUUUUUCAAACAGGUCCUACAAGGUUAAGCGAAAAGUCAGAAUUUGAAGUAAAUGAAAGUUUGUUAGCAAACAAGAAGUAAACAUAUCAGUUACAAUUUGAACAACCUUUAACUUGAAUUGUUACCAGUUUAAAUUGCGACAUGUUUUCAAAUAUUUAUUAAUCGCUAUGUUUGCCUACAUUUCGUUAUGAUUGCCUGUUAUAUUUACGUUGUGUGUCUUUCCUUGUUUUAGUUUUUGUGUUGUUAAGCCGUCCGAAGUUCAAUACAACUUA